AUGCCUCUCCCCGCGGCGCUGCUGCCGGCGCUGCUCCUGGGGCUGCUGUGGCCGGGGGCGGUGCGCGGUCGGCCGCCUCCGGGCCGCCUCCCCGCCGGGCCCCGCCAGCGGCGGUGGGACGCGGCUCUCUUCGCCCGUUCCGUAGCGCGUCUCCCGGCCGAGCGCCGCGACGCCGCCCGCGACGGCGACUACCUCCUAGGCAUCAAGCGGCUGCGGCGUCUCUACUGCAACGUGGGCAUCGGCUUCCACAUCCAGGUCCUGCCCGACGGCCGCAUCGACGGGAUCCACAGCGAGAACCGAUACAGUCUGCUGGAAAUCUCCCCUGUGGAAAGAGGAGUGGUGAGCAUAUUUGGUGUUAGAAGCGGACUCUUCGUGGCCAUGAAUAGCAAAGGCAAACUCUAUGGAUCUACCCAUUUCAAUGAUGAGUGCAAAUUCAAAGAGAUCCUCCUGCCAAACAACUACAAUGCUUACGAAUCCAGGAUUUAUCCCGGGAUGUACAUAGCCCUCAGCAAAAAUGGAAGAACAAAGAAAGGCAAUAAAGUAUCUCCCACAAUGACGGUGACACAUUUUCUUCCUAGAAUCUGAGACAUCUCCCUUCCGACCUACCUCAGCACAGGGAAAGACUCAGAACACGUUUGGGAAAAAAGAAACGUGGUGCACUUUUACUGGAGAGUUUUAUGCAAGAG